CACACUUUCACGCUGGGCAUUAUUGCCGCCGCCGCCACAGGCGCUCUAGCACGCGUCUGAAGGAUUCAAAGCCGAACCCCGCGGACGGCCCGUAUUGUGCUGCCUCUGCCUCUGACAUACGCCGCCCACUAAGCGGAUCCCCCCGGCCGAAUUCAGCUCAGCUUGUUGCUUGCUUUCCCCGUCCCACCCUUCCCUAGCUCGUGCCAGCGGCGCGUCGCUCAGGGAGCCUCAUCGCCCCAUCGGGCGCGCGUGCGCCGCCCGUGCGCUGAGGGCGGGCGGUUGUGCGGGGUAGUAUUGCCCAGAAGUGCGGGGUAGUGCGCGGUAGUACGGGGACGAAGAUGGGGAAGAAGGGGAAGGGUAAGCCGGGGAAGGGGAAGGAGAAGACGGAGCGGAAGACGGCGAAGGCGGAGGCGAAGAAGCAGCGGCGCGAGGAGAAGCAGGUGGACGAGGAGGACGACGUGGACGCCAUCCUGGCGAAGAUAGCAGCAGAGGAGGCGAAGAAGAAGGAGGUGCAUGUGGACGAGGGCAUGGUGGUGAACCCUCUCAAGGACACGGAGCUCGUCAUCUUCGGGGGGGAGUUCUACAACGGGGAUAAGACGCAUGUGUACGGCGACCUGUACCGCUUCAACGCGGACAAGGCCACGUGGCGCCUGGUCAGCAGCCCCAACAGCCCGCCGCCUCGCAGCGGGCACCACGCCGUGGCGUGGAAGAACUUUGUGUUCGUCUUCGGUGGCGAGUUCACGUCCCCCAACCAGGAGAGGUUUCAUCACUUCAAGGUUUUGUACAAGCAGCGAAUACUGCUCUUUGGAGGCUUUUAUGACAACCUAAGGGAUGUGCGCUACUUCAACGACCUCCACGUGCUCGACCUCACCGACAUGAAGUGGGCGGAGGUGAAGCCCAAGCCGGGAGCAGCAUGGCCGUCUCCCCGCAGUGCCUUCCAGUUCGCCGCCCACCAGGAUGAGGUCUUCCUGUACGGCGGCUACUUCAAGGACCAUGCCAAGGACGCGGACGGCAGGGACAGGGGCGUGGUGAAGCGGCUUGGUUCCCCCCCGAGUGCGCGGGCGGGCUUCUCUUUGGCGGUGCACCGCAGCCGAGCCAUCCUCGUCGGGGGCGUCGUGGACACAGAGGAGAAAGGUGGCGAUGUGCUGCGCAGCAUCUUCUUGGACGACAUGUUUGCCUUUCAGAUGGACGCCAGGCGCUGGUUCCCGCUGCUGCUGCGCUCACAGCAGCAGGCCAAGGCCGCAGGCAGGAAGGCGGAGCUGACUGCAGGCGGUGAAGUGACCAGGGGGGCGAAGAGCACCGCACUGGCAGAUGGGGAAGAUGAGGAGGAGAGUGACGAGGAGACGGAGGGGAGGAAGAGCAUGCAGCCAGGCAACGAGGCGGAUAGUGAGGAGGAGGAGGAGGAGGAGGUGGGCGACCGGGAAGUCACUCUGGACGACCUCUUCUCCCUCAACCUCUCAAAGCUCGACACGUGGACCUGCAUCCACAAGGGGUCUGAGAGCACGUGGGUGGAGGAGGAGGAGGAGGAGGACGAUGAGAGUGGUGAGGAGGGCAGUGGGGGGGAGGACGACGAAGAUGAGGAUGAGGAUGAGAAUGAGUCGAGCGACGAUGACGCUUCAGCAAAGGGCACGGGCAGCGCCCCCACGGCCUCGGAGCUGGCAGCGGCGGUCCUCAGGGGCGAGGGCCCUGCGGGCGGCAAGCGCCAGCUGUCACGCAAGGAGAGGCGGGCGGAGAUUGACCGGAUCCGAGCGGAUCUGGGGCUAGCAGACACCGAGAGGACGCCAGCUCCCGGCGAGUCGCUGAGAGACUUCUUUGCUCGCACGGGCGAUCACUGGCAGCGUGAGGCCUACCAGCACACACAGCGCACUGGCAAGGAGCUGCGAAAGGAUGGCUUUGACCUCUGCGAGGCGCGCUACCGCGACCUGCUGCCCGUGCUUACUGAGCUGGAGAAGCUUGAGGCUGAGCAGAAAGCUGAGGAGGAGGCAGAAGCAGCUGUCAACAAGGGCAAGGGGAAGAAGGACAAGGGCAGGCCAGCGUCACGUAGAUAGCAUGCCUAGCAUGAGGCAUUGCAUCGAUACAUCACAGCUAGACAAAUACCAUCCAUUAAAAUCCAACAGCAAAUGCUGAUUUGCGAAAAGGAGGGUUAACGCCAAAAAUGCCACGCCUCAUCUCAUCUCAACGAGAACAUGGUUCCAGGGAAUGCGAGGGCAGCCGAUAACCCAACAUGCGUACCACGCCAAACAUAUAUUGUUAUGUUUGUAUAGACUGUAUAGGUUUGUGUCAUAG